GGCUGAAUACUAAUCAUAGGUAUCUGUAUCUGCUGGCAGCUGAAAGCUUUUGAGAAUGUUGGCGCGGGUUUUGUCCCGACUGAGUUCCAGCCGCUUGCUCUGGACAGGGGGUUUUCCAUGGAGGAAGUCCUAAAUCGACCUCUCAAGAUCUAGAUAUUUGGCUUUGGUACCGAGCAUUUCAGGUCUCUUAUUCUGGCUUUUUUGCUCAAUUUUCCUCGCACGAUUAUCAAGUGUUUGCCUUUAGACAUCAUGUCAGAUCCCAUGAAAGUCAUAAUCGUAGGCGCUGGCCUCGGCGGCUGUGCAGCAGCAAUGGCAAUGCACUAUCAGGGGUUCGAAGUCCAAGUUUUCGAAAAAGUGCACAAUUUUGGCCGCCUAGGUGACUCUCUGGGGCUAGGUGAGAAUGCUCUCCGUCUGCUCAAGCGGUGGGGUUUGCAUGAUCGUUUGAUUGAGAUCGGGAACAAGAGUGAGAUGAUGCAAAUCAGGCGGUGGAAAGAUGGUAAGAUACUUGCUCAACAGCCUCUGAUGGAUAUGGCGGGAUAUAUUGGGCACAGAGGUGAUUAUCAUGAGGAGUUUUUGAGGAGAGUAGGGGAGCUGGGUAUUGUGAUUAGGAUGGGCUGCAAUGUAGUAUCUUAUGAUGAAGAUGAGCCGUCAUUGACUCUCUCCAAUGGCGAAGUCCACAAGGCUGAUAUCAUCAUUGCUGCCGAUGGCAUCAAAUCAACUGCUCGUGAACUCGUCCUCGGAUUUGAAGACAAGCCCAAAUCAUCCGGCUAUGCGUGCUUCCGAGCAUACUUCAAAGGUGCUUAUCUAAAGGACAACCCCCUUUGCCGAGAGUUUGUUGAGAAAGAAUGUGUCAACAUCUGGAUCGGCAACGACGUUCAUCUCGUGCAGAACACUCUCCGUGACGGCGACGAGUUUAAUUGGAUCCUGACUCAUAAAGACACUGAAGAUAUCAAAGAGUCCUGGUUUCAGCCGGGAGAUAUGAACGUUGUUAGGGAGAUCAUUAAUGAUUGUGAUCCGAGGAUUGCCGCUGCAGUAAAGAAAACAAAAGAGUGUCUGGACUGGAAGAUCUGUUACAGAGAUCCAAUUCCUUCGUGGGUUAGUAAAAGUCAUAAGAUCGCUCUUCUAGGAGACUCUUGUCAUCCUCAUCUACCGACUAGCGCUCAGGGUGCAAGUCAGGCUACGGAAAGUGCGGCUGUGCUUGCUCUUUGCCUAAAAUUGGCUGGGAGGGGUCAUGUUCCGCUUGCGACACGCGUUUAUGAAAAGCUUCGGUUUGAGAGAGUAAGACAGUCCCAAAGGAAUGGCGAAGACGUCAGAGAUAGGUGGCACAACGCACUGAAAAAUCUAGACGACGACGUGGUGAUUGAUCCUGAAGAUGUCAAGAUUAGGAACCGCUGGUUGUAUCCUUUCGAUGCUGAAGCGGAUACCUUGCGAAGAUGGCAGGAGGUUUCGGCCCUGGUGACAAAGGAACUUCAGGCUGGCGAGAUAACGCCGCUCUUUGUUGGGACCUCUGCUACAUAUGCUUAG